AGGUGCAUAUUUGAUUCUAGUGACUAUUUUAAUUUUUAGCCUCCCAUUUUUCACAUAUGAAAAUAUUAUUAGUAAAUAAAUAUAAUUAGUAUGAUUAUUAUGAAUUAUGUGGGUUAACUACGGUGGGUAGGAGGAAGAGAGUACCAAUGGAGGAGGGAGAGAGUGCCUAGCGGGAGGGGCAGGAUAGGCCAGAGCUGGAGAGAGGGAUUUGUAGCGGUCGUGACCCUAACCCAGAAACACCAAUGACAAUGAGAAUAAGAAGAAGACAACGAGGAGGGUGGGUUGGUGAUAAUAUUUCGGAUUAGGUUCUUGAAUCUUGACCAAACCGAAGUAAUUUUGGUUCGAAUUCCGUUUGAACUAUGGUACAAGUCGAGAACUUGGUAUGCUCAAUUGAUUAAUUUCGAAGAGUGUCUACCCUGAUUUGUGAUGAGAGAAUGAAUUAGUGAUGAUUGAUGAUAAAAAGGUAAAAUACGUUUUGAUUAAAAAUAUGUUUUGGGAGUCUCAGCUUCCUAUUAACGAAGUUGGAGUUGCGUCACACGAGUAGGGCUGCAAAUGAGUGGAGCUGCUUGCAAGAAGCUCGACUUUCGACUCGAAAAAACUCGUUCAAAACUUGACUCGUUUACUAACGAGCUGAUCUUGAGCUAAACUUUUUGCAGCUCGCGAGCUAGCUCGACUCGGUGGCUUUUUGAGAUCAACUAGUGAGGUGGGUCAUUCAGAGCUUGUCUCAACUCGCAACAUUGUGACUAGAGAGCCAACUCGAUUACCGACUUAUGAGCGAAUCGAUCUAUAUGAGUUUGAUCUUGAUAAUUCAUAGGAUUGUUAAAUUAUAUGUCUAGCCCUAUAUGAAGUUUAACAUGUAGAUUAUGUGAGCAAAUAUGUCUUAAUUAAUUUUAGAAAGAAAUUAUGUAUCAUAGAUUGCUUUGAUACUACAACAUAACUUAAUUUUGAGUAUUUAAAAUUUAUUAACUAAAUAACAUGAUACCACAAAGUAUAACAUGAUAUUAGUUCAUAUUGAACUUUUAUAUAUAUAUUUUCCAUUUUGACUUUAAUCACAUGUAUCAUACAUGACAUACAAAAUGAAUAUAUCAAAUACGACUCAAAAUUUUAGUAAACAAGGUAGCUCCAAAUCAACUCGGUUCGUCUCGCUAAUAAGCGAGCCGAGCUCGAGCUCAACUCAAUUAUUAACGAGCGGAGCUUGGCUAAAACUCCGCUCCUAUGCAGCCCUACACACAAGACAUGUACAUGCAGUUUUCAGGCCCACGGGCCCAUAUCCCCGUCUGCCCAAACCACUACCCCGUGCUCAGCCCAAGCCCAUCGUUGUUGUUGGUUUGUAAAACAAAUAACUGUGGGGGAAAGAGGAAACUGGAAAAGGAACCUGGAGGGAAGCACGAACAAGCAUGUCGGAAAAGCAACGGCGACCCCCACGGCGGUAGAAAACGAAGCCAGCCAGCCAGCAGCACGACAGCGAGCUGAAGAAGAAGAAGAAGAAGAGCGACGAAAGCAGAAACCAUAAUAGUCCUCUCUUGCCUAUUCACCUCUCAUCAUUGCAAUUCAUAAACAACGAUGUUCUCCAUCGCAGCAAUUAACGACACCGACUCCACGCAACAAUGGGAACCCUUAGCUCCGACGAAAGAAGCUCAGGAAUCUCAUCUUACCCAGACUUACCACGAUGGUCUCCUCGAAUUGCAAGCGAAGCAAUACGACAAGGCCCGCCAUUUGCUGGAAUCUGUGUUGAGAGACCCUCUAAUCUCAAACGCCCAAGAGGUGGAUGGUAAUGCAAGCGAUAGUCAUCUGCAGCAGCUCAGAUAUUUGGCGCUAAAGAAUCUCGCCACUGUUUUCCUCCAGCAAGGAUCAGCACAUUAUGAGAAUGCUCUUCAGUGUUACCUUCAAGCUGUUGAGAUUGACACCAAAGAUUCUGUUGUUUGGAAUCAGUUGGGAACUUUGUCGUGUUCGAUGGGUUUGCUCAGUAUUUCGCGAUGGGCUUUUGAGCAGGGCCUUCUAUGCAGCCCUAAUAACUGGAAUUGCAUGGAGAAGUUAUUAGAAGUUCUUAUAGCAAUUGGUGAUGAGGUCGCUUGCCUUGCUGUAGCAGAGUUGAUUUUGAGGCACUGGCCUUCUCAUUCUCGUGCUUUGCAUGUGAAAUGCACUAUUGAAGAGUCAGAGCUAGUUCCAUUUGCACCUAGAGGUAUUGAUAAACUGGAACCAAAGCACGUCCGCCUUAAGUUCCUGGACAAGAGGAAAAGAACUGAGGAGAAUUUUGACGAACUUGUAGCUAAUAAACGGCUGAACCAGACCAUUGAGUUGAAGCUGCAUGGAGUUUCGUGGUGUGCUGUUGUUGAUGCUCUGCUGGAAAUCCUACAUCCACUCAGUGGGCAUGACACUGAGUUCAAACCUGACGAACCCCGCAAAUCUGGGGAUAUCAGGUUAAGUAUACAACUACCAUCCAAUUUAGAUAUCGAUAUGAGCUCUCAGGAAAAGAAAAGGCCGGUUGACUGCCCCUCUAGUCAAUGCAAGCCUCUCAGCAAUAGCAAUUCCGAAAGAGUUGGUGCUGUCAAGGAAAGAGAAACAAAUAGUUUUUAUGAACAGCCUCAUGAGAGGCGGAGUACUCGCCUUGAAAGACUUAGAAGUCGUAAACCUGGGAAAGAAGAAAUGGAUUUUGGUGACAGGAAGGAUUUAGUCAGUGUUGUACUCCAGUAUCUGGAGCCUUUUAUUGUUGGCGCACCGUCCGGUGACAAUUCUGAGCAUGCGGUUACGUGUUCUGUUCCACGUACUGAUGAGGCUACUUCACCUGAUAGGGAACUGAAUGAUGUUUCAGCAUUUGUCAAAGAAACAUCAAAAAAUUAUGGUGCUUAUGAUAUGGCCCACUUGCUUCUCGAACAUGUUUCAACUAAAGGUAUUAUGUGUCAGGAUGCAUUGCCCAAACUCCUUGAAAUGGAAGGGUUAACAAGAAAUUGGGGGAAAGAUAGAACUCCUGAGUGUAGUCUUUUUCUUGCUGAGGUGUAUUAUGACCUUGCAUUUUUGCCUUCCAUUGCUUCAAAGCUCUCGGAAUUCAUAUCAGAAGCAUUGUAUCAUCUAUGCAAAAUUGUGGAAUCAGUAGCCCUAGACUAUCAUUCACCCCUAACCCUUGAAAAUCAGGGUGGAAGUUGGUCUGAUCGCUCUUGUUGCUCAGAUCUCGUUUCUAUUGAUUCUUUGUCAAGUGAAAAAUGCAACUUCUGGAUCAGGUACUUCUGGUUGAGUGGGAAAUUGUCCAUCUUCGAUGGCAAAAAGGCAAAAGCUUAUGAAGAACUAUCUGUGUCCUUGUCACUGGUCUUGAAGAGGGAUAAAAUGGGUGAUUCUUCUGGGAGUCUUAAACUAUCUUACCUCAAGGUCAAUAAAGAGUUAACCCCAGAGAAGAUUCUUCAUGAAAUAAAUUUGUUGAAAGUUGAUUCCCUGCUCGAGGAGACUGUAGGCGAGUUAAUGGAGAAAGAGAAUUACGUGGAAUGCAUAAAUUUACUUGCCCCACUUCUAUUCUCUGUGGAUCAUGUUUACCUUGAUGUUUUGUCAUCACCUGGAAUAGAUGAUAAAAAUGAGGGAUUAACAUGCAUUGAGCUUAAAGCGCUGGAUAUAUUAAUUGAAGCUUCUGAGAAGGCAAUCCCUAUGGAUAAAGAGGUACACUUAAUGUGUCACCAAAGAAAGCUGCUAAUACUCAUGCUACUAGCUGGGAUGGUCCAAUUUAAAUGCUCACAGCAGAAAUAUGGGUUUAAUGCACUCUCCGCUUAUGAUGUAGUUCCUAAAGAAACUCCAGAGAAGUGGAAUAAUCUAGUGGUGCAAGAAAUAAAGGCAAUCUCAAAUUCUGCAGCGAAGAUAAAGAGCUUGGAUCCAUCUGUUGACACAAGUGGCUCAAGCUGUCCCCUCAGUUGCAUCAGUGCUUUGCAAUCAGUGCUAGUAGCGGUCAUGUGCCAUGUCGUCAUCAAUUACCUCUGCAAGAAGUCCUGUGUCCCUGUUAAUGCUGAUGAGACUGAACAAAAACAUGGAUGCUAUCUAGUUGAUACAUGUGUUGCAUUCUGCAGACUUCAACACCUUGUCUCCUCCAUUGCAGUCGAGACACAAGUUGAAUUAAUUGUCGCAAUCCAUGACUUGCUCGCUGAGUAUGGCCUCUGCUGUGCGGGUGAGGGUGGUGAAGGCGGGGAAGGAACGUUUCUUAAAUUCGCUAUAAAGCAUCUCUUAGCAUUGGACAUGAAGCUUAAAUCCAACUUAAACUCUUCCUGCACGGAAAAAUAUCACCUUGAUAAGCAGCAUUCCCCAGGUGGACUCGGCAAAUCAGCUGACAGAGAAAUAAAUAUGGAACUGGAUAUUGAUGAGUUGGAAAAUCCCAAAAUUAAUGUUGCUGGGAAUGGUGUUUCUGAAGUCGUUCAUUCACAAGAAAGCAAGAGAGACGGAGUAGGAGACCGCGGAGACCGACAGGGAGAUGAAGGGGAUAAAAAUGGUGAAAAAAUCAUCAAACACAGAAGUAAAAUGUCUGAAGAGGAGAUGGAAGAGCUUGAGUUAAUGAUAGAUAAUGCGCUAGAUCAGUGUUUUUUUUGCCUAUAUGGACUGAAUCUUAGAUCAGAUUCAUCCUAUGAUGAUGAUCUGGCCACACACAAGAAUACUAGUCGUGGAGAUUACCAGACCAAGGAACAAUGUCUGGAUGUUUUUCAGUACAUACUACCUUGUGCAAAGGCUUCUUCUAAAACUGGACUCGUCAAACUUCGGAGAGUGUUGAGAGCUAUACGCAAACAGUUCCCACAACCACCUCAAGAUCUUUUAGAUGGCAAUGCGAUAGAUAAGUUCUUAGACGAUCCAGAAUUGUGUGAAGACAGACUGUCCGAUGAGGCUGGAUCUGAAGGUUAUCUGGAGACUGUUAUUAAGAUUCUAUUUCCUGAUGCAGGAAAUGUUAAGCAGCACAGAUCAUCAAUGGUUAAGCGCUCUGAUCCAUAUUCUGAGGUGUAUUGUAACUUGUACUAUUUCCUCGCUCUGUCUGAGGAAAUGAAUGCAACUGAUAAGUGGCCGGGCUUUGUACUUACGAAGGAAGGUGAAGAAUUUGUACAGCAAAAUGCUAGUCUCUUUAAAUAUGAUCUCCUUUACAAUCCUCUGCGCUUUGAAAGUUGGCAACGACUUGCAAAAAUUUAUGAUGAGGAGGUGGACUUGUUGCUAAAUGACGGCAGUAAGCAUAUAAAUGUAGUGGGAUGGAGAAAGAAUGCAACUCUUCCACAGAGGGUUGACAGAAGUCGAAGGAGGAGCAGACGUUGUCUGCUAAUGAGUUUAGCUUUGGCAAAUACGCCAUCUCAGCAGUGUGAGAUACAUGAGUUACUGGCAUUAGUGUACUAUGACAGCCUUCAGAAUGUGGUGCCCUUCUAUGAUCAACGGUCUAUCAUACCUUCCAAAGAUGCAGCCUGGAUUGUGUUUUGCGAGAACUCCAUGAAGCAUUUUAAGAAAGCUUUCUCACACAAGCAGGAUUGGUCACAUGCAUUUUACAUAGGAAAACUCUGUGAAAAGCUCGGAUACCCAUAUGAAAGAUCACUAUCAUAUUAUGACAAGGCUGUAGAACUGAAUCCAUCUGCUGCAGACCCUGUAUAUAGGAUGCAUGCCUCACGCUUGAAGUUGCUUCACAAGUGUGGAAAGCAGGACUUAGAAGCUCUGAAGACCCUUUCAGGACACUCUUUCCGUCAAUCAACAAAGGAUGCCGUCACAAACAUUUUUAGUGAAAUGGCCUCUGUCAUUGAUGAUACCUUCUCCGAGGACAGUAGCCACAAGUCAAACUACCUAGAAGAAGUGUGGCAUAUACUAUACCAUGACUGCCUUUCUGCUUUGGAAAAUUGCGUUGAAGGGGAUCUGAAACAUUUUCACAAGGCCAGAUACAUGCUUGCUCAAGGGCUGUACAAACGAGGGUUGAUUGGCGAUCUGGAGAGGGCAAAGGAUGAACUUUCAUUUUGCUUCAAAUCCUCACGCUCGUCUUUCACCAUUAAUAUGUGGGAGAUUGAGGGCAUGGUCAGAAAAGGAAGGCGCAGAACACCUGGUGUUGCUGGAAACAAGAAGGUUCUUGACGUGAACCUGGCAGAAAGUUCUCGGAAAUUCAUUACUUGCAUCAGGAAAUAUCUGUUGUUUUACUUGAGAUUGUUGGAGGAGACUGGAGACACUUGCACCCUUGAUCGUGCUUUUGCAUCUCUUCGUUCAGAUAAAAGGUUCUCAUUGUGCAUUGAAGAUCUUGUACCAGUAGGUCUUGGAAGAUUGAUCAAGGCCCUUGUAUCAUCCAUCCAUCAAGCCGAGAGUGCUGAAUCUUCUACUCCUGGCACAUCAGAGCCGCAACUGGAGAAGUUAUUCUCAUUGUUCAUGGAACAAGGGAACUUAUGGCCAGAGAUACUUUGCUUGCCUGAGACACAGAGCCCAGAAUUUACAGAUAGCAGCUUAUAUGGUUAUCUCCACAGACACAUCACUUCGUUGGAGAGAAACAGCAAGCUCGAGGCACUUGAAGGGAUAAAUGAAAGGAUUCGUAAGCGCUUCAAGAACCCAAAGUUGUUGAAUAGCAAUUGUGCUAAAGUCUGCCGACAUGCUUCGGUUGCCUGGUGCCGCAGUCUCAUAAUUGAUUUGGCAUUGAUCACUCCUAUGCCAUUUGGUCAUGACGAUACUUUGGAAAGUGGUCAACUGCUUGUGCUUGAUGUACAAGCGGACGAGUUAUGGAACACAUCAUCAGACAUCACCACUCCAGAAAAUCCCGAAACAAAAUGGGGCUCGGUCUUGACUAAAAUGAAGAAUAUAGCAGUUAAGAAAGCUGCAAAUGGAGAUAUUGAGACUGCUAGCUCUUUAAUGAAGAGCUGCUACAAUUUCUAUCGAGAAAGCUCAUGUGGAUUGCUUCCUUCUGGGAUCAACCUUUACUUGGUGCCGCCAAAGUUAGCAGUGGAUACACGAGGUGUUGAGCCAGGACAGGAUGGAGUUGAAGUUCUUGAUCUGAGCGUUCCUAGGAAACUUCUUCUGUGGGCUUAUGUGCUUCUGCACGGUCGUUAUGCCACCAUUGCAGCUGUUGUUAAACAUUGCGAGGAAAAUAUCAAGCCAAAAAUGAAAAAGGGUGCUGGAACGUCAUCAACCCCAUCAUCCCAUUCGGGCCUUUCUCCUGCCAAACAUGUCCAUGCAACAGGGGGCGUUGUUGCAGGUGUGGAGGGAGUUAAUAGCGAUGCAGAAGCUGGUCGUGGAUUCGGGGGAUCUCCUGCAGUUCCAGCCACUGGAAGCGAGAAGAGACUGAAUGCCGAUUCAACUACCCCGGUUUCAAGUUCCCGGCAAAGCCAGUGUUGGAAGAGUUCAACGAUGGACGAAGGAGGAGAUCCUGAAAAAAAGUAAUGUACGUAGCAACAGCUGAGGCAUACGAUACGAGGCCGAGUAAUGUGUAUAGAGAAGGCAGAGUUGUAGAGAUUGGACUGUUAAAUAGUAUACAAAAAUUGCUAAGCUGUAAUGUUAAGUGACUUUGUUAGGGAAAAGUCCAGUAAUUUAGAAUGAUAAUGCACAAAAUAGACAAGGUCUAAUGUGUAUAUAUUGCCUGUUCAUGAUUCUGCUACUGUUCAUUUGUGUACCACAGUGAUCCGAGUGGCCGUAGACGAUUUUCGCAGUCCGAUUGUACGAUACAAUGGUUAAAAAUUGUUCUUGGUACUUCCACGAUUUUGUUAUCGUAUUAUACAUUGAAUCGAUCGUCCCACCUGUCUAGGAAGCCUACUACAAUAUUACAGAAUUUUGAUAUGAGGAUUUUGGUGGUUUCAUAGUUUAUCAGUUCAAUAAGCCAUAUCGGUUGGACCGGUUGAAUUUGCGGCAACAUAAAUAAACCACGAAGAGAGCAAAUUCCUGGUCUGGUUUGGUUUGACUAAAACGGUGCCGUUUGC